UGACCUUGCCUUGUCACGACGUUUGUACAGCCCGGACACUUCGCACGUGAAUGCCCUGAGUCGUUCAAUGGAGGCGGAGGAGAGAAUGGCGGUUAUGGUCAAGACGGUGGCUACGCCAGCAAUAUGCGCCAGUGGGGUGCACCACGCAACCACAAUGAAGGCGGCUACGAUCAAGGCGACAGCGAUCGAUACGGCAACGAUGGACCGCAAGGGGGAGGGGGAGGUGGAGGCGGUCGCGCAUGUUUCCGAUGUGGAGACCCAGGUCAUUUCAUUGCUGACUGCUCACAACCGGCACCAGCUCGUUUUGGUCUGAGCGCUGCUGGAGAUCACGGAUACAUGAGCUUCAACGGCUCGGAGGACGUCAAUGGUUUUGCCACCAAGACUCAAGAUUCGGGCUAUGGUAAUCGUCGCAAUCGUCCCCCUCGCAUCGUUGCAGACGACGAUGUGCCCUAUGGAGGCACUGAGAAGUGGAACACCCCUCAAGAGAAGGCGGAGCAGCCUAACGUUGAAGAAGGCGCGGAUCAGGGUGACCACGCUGACGAUGGAUGGGGUGAAGAAGCCAACGAUCAAGAGAAUGGUGAAUCGGGCCAUCAAUCGCCAGACAACUCGAACGAUGUCGACUCGAACGUGAAAGAGGUGGUAGACCUCCUGACUCCACUCACCAUCGACCGUAAACCUCAUGCCAAGCACGUCGACGAUGAGGAGGAGUAUGCUGAUGCGGACGACGGCGAAGCCAGCGCAGAAGGCGUCCUGUCUGGUGCCGACGAUGGUCUCUCCGGCUGGGAGUAGGUCAGAUCACUGUCACCUGACUCUUUGCGAGACGGCCACCAAAUGCAUCAUUACGACCAUGCUGCAUCACUGC